UUGAUUGAAGCCAUUGAAGAAAAAUAAACACAACAAACUUUGUUUCCCCAUUUAUCCAAACAAUGAAUAUCCUCAAAACUUGUGGAGAAAAUUACCAUCAAUUAGUACCAUCAUUUAUAAGUUCCAAAUAUAGAAAUGCAAAUGCUAAUUAUGUUGUAGAACCAUUAAAAUUUGCUUAUAGAAGAAAGCAAAUGCAAAGCUUAGUAGUGAGAGCAAGUAAUGGUGAAAGGCGUACUUUUUUGACACUAGAAGAAGCUGGCCUUGUUGAAGUGUCCGGCCUCAGCACUCAUGAACGUUUUCUAUGUCGAUUGACGAUUUCAUCACUCAAUUUAUUAAGAGUGAUAGGAGAACAAGAAGGUUGUUCAAUUGAAGAAUUAAAUGCUGGGAAAAUAUGUGAUUGGUUCUUGAAAGAUAAGCUUAAAAGAGAACAGAAUUUGGAUUCUGCUGUACUUCAAUGGGAUGAAUCUGAUUUCCAACUAUAAUUCUCCCUCUAU